GUAAGGAAGAGGAGCUGAUGAACAGUGCUGGACCAAGGAGUCUUGUAUGAAUUGCAGAGAUAGUUGAGGGGGACUAGGGACAAGAGAGGAUGCUUGUCAGGUAGUGGAUAUUGUAGUGUAUGGAGGAAAAUGGCCCAGUAGAGAGGGAGGAUGGGUGAUGCUAGUCAGGGGAAGAAAGUAGAUGGACGCUUGUCCACUUUUGCUGCCCGUGCGGGCCAUCAUGGCCUGACAGGCCCUGAGGAAUGGAGAUGAGUGUUGUGUGAUGUUGAUCGUAGCCUUGUCUGAUCCAUGAGCCUCAAGGUAUGUGGUGAGGGAAGGCUCACUCUUUGUCUUUCUCUCUCCAGGUGCCAUGCUAUGUGUUUGAUAAAGAGCUAAAGAAGCACGAUUUAAACCCACUGAUCAAGAUGAGUGGUGGCUACUUGGUGGAUGACUCUGAUCCCGACACUUCUCUAUUCAUCAACGUGUGUAGAGACAUAAAUGCUCUCCGGGAUUCAAGCCCACAGCUGCGCGUCUGUCCUGCUGGCACUGCAGCCUGCUUGUUGAGAGGAGACCGAGCGUUUGAUGUGGGCCAGCCCAAGGAGGGGCUGAAGCUGGUGAGCAAGGACAGGCUUGUUCUGAGCUAUGUGAAGGAAGGGUCAGGGGAUCCAGACUUUUGUGAUGGUCACAGCCCCGCAGUGACAAUUACAUUUGUGUGCCCAUCUGAGCGGAGAGAGGGCACUAUUCCCAAACUCACUGCCAAGUCCAGUUGCCGCUACGAGGUUGAGUGGAUCACUGAGUACGCCUGCCACAGAGAUUACCUGGAAAGUGGAACCUGCGCUCUGAGCAGUGAGCAGCACGACAUCGCUAUUGACCUCAGUCCCCUUGCCCAGCAGAGAGGGUCCUAUGUUGCUGAUGGAAAAGAAUAUAUGUUUUCUAUGAAUGUCUGUGGAAAUUCGGAGGUUCCGAUCUGUAGUGACAAAGAGGCUGCAGUUUGCCAAGUGAAAAAGGCUGACUCCACUCAAGCCAAAAUAGCAGGAAGACACCAGAACCAGACCCUCCGGUACUCCGAUGGAGAUCUCACCCUGGUCUAUUUUGGAGGUGACGAAUGCAGCUCUGGCUUUCAACGGAUGAGCAUCAUAAACUUUGAGUGCAAUAAGACUGCAGGUAAUGAUGGGAGAGGAGUUCCUGUGUUCACGGGGGAGGUCGAUUGCACCUACUUCUUCACGUGGGACACAAAGUACGCGUGUGUCAAAGAGAAGGAAGACCUCCUCUGUGGUGCCAGUGAAGGGAAGAGGCGUUACGACCUGUCUGUGCUGGUUCGCCACUCAGAAUCAGAGCAGAAUUGGGAAGCUGUGGAUGGCAGCCAGACAGAAACAGAAAAGAAGUAUUUCUUCAUUAAUGUCUGCCACCGAGUGCUGCCGGAGGGCAGGGCCAGAAACUGUCCUGAAGAAGCUGCUGUGUGUGCAGUCGAUAAGACUGGAAGUAAAAACCUGGGAAAGUUUGUCUCUUCUCCCUCAAGAGAGAAAGGAAACAUUCAGCUCUCUUACUCAGAUGGUGAUGAUUGUCCUGGGGGCAAGAAAAUAACAACUAACGUCACACUUGUGUGCAAGCCAGGUGAUCUAGAAAGUGCUCCAGUGUUGAGAACUUCUGGGGAUAAUGGAUGCUUCUAUGAGUUCGAGUGGCACACAGCAGCUGCCUGUGUGCUGUCGAAGACGGAAGGAGAGAACUGUACAGUCUUCGAUUCCCAGGCAGGGUUCUCAUUUGAUUUGUCACCUCUCACAAAGAAAAAUGGUGCCUAUAAGGUUGGGACAGAGAAGUAUGACUUCUAUAUAAAUGUUUGUGGCGCAGUGUCCAUGGACUUCUGUCAGACAGACUCUGGGGCCUGCCAGGUAGCCAAAAGUGAUAAGAAGUCUUGGAACCUGGGACUAAGUAAUGCUAAGCUUUCAUACUAUGAUGGAAUGAUCCAGUUGAGCUACAAGGAUGGAACACCCUAUAACAAUGAAAAGCACACACCAAGAGCAACACUGAUCACUUUCCUUUGUGACCGAGAUGCCGGAGUGGGUUUCCCCGAAUAUCAGGAAGAGGACAACUCAACCUACAACUUCCGGUGGUACACCAGUUAUGCCUGCCCAGAGGAGCCCCUGGAGUGCGUGGUGACCGACCCCUCCACAAUGGAGCAGUAUGAUCUUUCCAGCCUAGUAAAGUCUGAAGGCAGUCGUGGAGGAAACUGGUAUGCCAUGGACAACUCGAGGGAACACGUCACAUGGAGGAAAUACUACAUAAACGUGUGCCGGCCUCUGAAUCCUGUGCCAGGCUGCGAUCGAUACGCAUCGGCUUGCCAGAUGAAGUAUGAAAAUAACCAGGGCUCCUUGGCUGAGGUCGUGUCCAUCAGUAACCUGGGAGUUGCAAAGACAGGCCCUGUGGUGGAGGAGAGUGGUAGCCUCCUCUUAGAGUAUGUGAAUGGCUCGGCCUGCACCAGUAGUGACGGCCGGAAGACCACCUACAGCACCAGGAUCCAUCUUGUCUGUGGCAGGGGGAACCUGGUAAGGCACUACCUGGGGUGGGUUCGGGAGAACUCCAGUAGAAACACCCUUGGGGGUCAGUAUGUGUUGCUUUUGUUUUUAAUUGGAGUAUAAUGUAUAUGACAUAAAAUCAGCCAUUUUAGCCAUUUUUGGGUUAUCAAGACCAUGAAGCACAUACUCAGUGUGGUACACCCACCACAGAAUCCGUGUCCAGAACUUUGAAGACUCCCAAACACAGUUGCUUUUUUAUCAGGGGUUAUAGGUUUAUACCUGGGUCAUGUGUUUUGAAUAAUUACCAGAUAGUCGGGUGAAGGCCUGUUUAUCGAGGUAGUGCUCGUUAAGGUCAGUCACAGUGAGCCCUGGCUCUCUGAUAUGGGCCAGCUGUUCUGGGCCUCUGUUCUGCAGUCCAGUCGACUCUGAGUUACUCAGGUUCCUGUACCUCAGAGAUGUGCAGGUUUUUCUUGUCACUUGCUAAGAUCGCUGAUCAGGGGAGAAACUACUAGCUCGCUGAGUGUGGGCACAUG